GUGGAGACUUCACUUUGUUCGUCUCUCCGUUUUCAGGCACCAUGACUGACAGGAAGGCUGUGAUCAAGAACGCUGACAUGUCUGAAGACAUGCAGCAAGACGCAGUGGACUGUGCUACACAGGCCAUGGAGAAAUACAACAUAGAGAAGGACAUUGCCGCAUUCAUCAAAAAGGAGUUCGAUAAGAAAUACAAUCCUACGUGGCACUGCAUUGUGGGAAGGAACUUCGGCAGCUACGUGACCCAUGAGACGAAACACUUCAUCUACUUCUACUUGGGCCAGGUGGCCAUCCUCCUCUUCAAGUCUGGCUGAGUCCAGUCCAGUCCAGACCAGAUCAGACCGUAGAAUGUAUCUCCAAUGAAGACUGUGACGCACUGGUGGCUGACGUAAUCUACAAAUAUUAAACGAGACCAUACCAUGACUAUGCUGGCUGUGCACAACUGCAUGGAUCAUAUCCCGUACUGUUUUGUGUACCUGUUGAACUUCACUUGCUUUUCAUUAGAGGCCCUAAGUUUUCGUUAAUGGUCCUUGUAAGGUUUUUCCCUUGCACAUGUUGUAUAAAAAAAAAUGUAAUAAAGGAAGUCAGAAAAUGUUAAGUGUAUUGAUCAGCACAUAUGUCUGCUAUAAAUGGAUAUAUUUUUGGUGACUUAGUGCUGUGAUGCAUUGAAUGCCAUAUCAUUAUUGGGGUGAUGGACAGAAGAACAUUUGGUUGUGGAGGUUGAUUUGAAGCGUUCUGUUGUUUAUAAAAAGUGUUUUUGUCUGAUUACCUCUGCCAUAAAUGUAUAUUUUCCUUUCAUUUGAUGCUGGAGAUGUAUUGCACUUGAGAGAACUCAUUGACUAUUUGAAAUCUUCUUCAGACUAUACAAUGGACUAAAUGGAAAUGAGCUGCACAUAUAAUAAAGUUUAAAAGCGAAAAUGCA